GCGUCCUCCCGGAUCCUCUCGAUAUGGUGCACUUUGAUCUACUGCGGUACUGCCGCAAGAAGCGCAAGACGCCCCAGGGCGGAGCGAUCCUGGACCAGGUGAUCUCGCAGUCGGCCUCAGCCUCGAACCAGUGCCUGCUGUACAAGAUGGCGAACUAUAAGCGCGGUGGCGACCUGAUCGAUGCGUUCCAGAUCGGAGGCCAGAAGGCCGUGGAGCAGCUGAUCCGGGAGCAGUUCGGCGUAUUCAUGUACUGCAAGGGCCGAGGGCAGAUCAUUAACAGGGCCGAGUACCUACGGUGGAAGUACAUGGACAACCACGAAGUAAUCAUCCCGAUCGAAGCCUCACUGUCGCCGCACGAUCCGCUGGGUAAAUGGGAGGACCAUAAGGCCUGCUGGCAGAUGCAGUACCGUGGAUUGCUUGGCGAAAGUCUCCUGCACGUGCUCAUCAUUUGCGAUACGAAGAUACAUACGAAGCUUGCCCGUAUUCUGUUGCGCGUGUUUCCCGAGCAGGCCAUCGAUGUGAUGGAGGGCGAGGAGUAUCUGGGCGCCAGUGCGCUCCACCUAGCGAUAGCGUACAGCAACAACGAACUGGUCGGCGAUCUGAUCGAUGCCGGUGCGGACGUGUCACAGCGCGCGACCGGGCGCUUCUUUUUGCCGCGCGAUCAGCAGGGCCUGCGGCCGGCCAAGACGACCGACUACGAGGGCCUAGCGUACCUAGGCGAGUAUCCGCUUGCCUGGGCCGCCUGUUGCGCCAACGAGUCCGUCUACAAUCUGCUGCUCGAGUGUGGGGCCGACCCGAACGCACAGGACACCUUCGGCAACAUGAUCCUGCACAUGGUGGUCGUUUGCGACAAGCUGGACAUGUUCGGCUACGCCCUGCGCCACCCGAAGCUACCGUGCAAGAACGGCAUCGUGAACGGUGCCGGCCUGACACCGCUCACCCUUGCCUGUCGGCUUGGCCGCGACGAGGUAUUCCGCGAGAUGCUGGAGCUAUCGGCGCGCGAGUUCUGGCGCUACAGCAACAUCACCUGCUCGGGCUAUCCACUGAACGCGCUCGACACGCUCAUGCCGGACGGCAGUACCAACUGGAACUCGGCGCUGUUCAUCAUCUUGAACGGCACGAAAGAGGAGCACCUGAACAUGCUGGACGGUGGCAUCGUCGAGCGGCUGCUGGAUGAGAAAUGGAAAACGUUUGCCCGCAACCAGUUCAUCAAACGGCUGCUCAUCCUCGCCAUCCAUCUCUUCUGUCUGUCCUGCUCGGUCUACCUGCGACCGGUUCGUGUGUUCGGUGACGAUGACGCCGGCGACGGUGACGGUGACGAUGCUGACGGAUCCCCGUCCGGGUCGGGUGCCGAUGCGGGCGACGGUGCUGGAUCGGAACCGUCCGAUGCCGAUGCCGAGAUCGACCUGACCACGUGGAUACGGUACGGAUUCGAAGUGGCUACCGUGAUGGGCGUGCUGAGCUACGUUGUGUUGCAGCAGGGCGAUGAAAUCAAGAACCAAGGCUUUUUCUCCUUCCUCAAGUCGCUGAGUCAAGCACCGGCCAAGGCUAUCUUUCUCAUCUCGAACAUUCUCAUCCUUGCGUGCAUCCCGCUGCGUAUGAUGGGCGACACGGAAACCGAGGAAGCAAUCCUGCUGUUCGCCGUACCGGGCAGCUGGUUUCUGCUCAUGUUCUUUGCCGGCGCAAUCGGCCUAACCGGACCCUUUGUGACGAUGAUCUUCUCUAUGAUCACUGGUGACAUGUUCACGUUCGGCAUUAUCUACAUGAUCGUGCUGUUUGGCUUCUCCCAGGCGUUCUACUUCCUCUACAAAGGCCACCCGAACGCGGAGGAUUCACCGUUCGGGAGCUACUUCGGUACCUGGAUGGCGCUCUUCCAGACCACGCUCGGUGACUACGAUUAUGCCGACCUUAACCUGACCACCUACCCGAACCUGGCGAAGACUGUGUUUGUGAUUUUCAUGAUCUUUGUGCCGAUCCUGCUGCUCAACAUGUUGAUCGCCAUGAUGGGCAAUACAUAUGCGUACGUGAUCGAACAGGCGGAGAAGGAGGGCAUGAAGCAGUGGGCCAAGAUCGUGGUUAAUCUGGAGCGGGCGGUGACCCAGGACGAUGCGAAACGCUACCUGGAGGAGUACUCGAUCGGACUCGGCCCGUCCGACGAUCCACGCUACGAGACGCGCGGUGUGAUGGUGAUCAAGAGCAAGAGCAAGACGCGGGCCCGGCAGCGGAAAGGCGCCGUCAGCAACUGGAAGAGUGUGCUCCGGGUGACGCUGAACGAGCUGAAGAAGCGUGGCAUGACGGGCGAAGAGCUGCGCCGGAUCAUGUGGGGCCGUUCGUCCAUCACGUCGCCGGCCAAGAUUGCGAAGAAGAAGCGGCGGGCAGGAGCGGAAGCCGACGAUCUGUCGGAUCCGUUCGCCAUCACCGCCGCCAUCGACGUCAUGUCGUUCACGCAGGACAUCGUGAUGGUGAGCACAGAAGUGGCACCGGCACCCUUGCUAGUAGGCCCAAUAAUGGGACAGGGUGCGACGGCGGCAAGGCCAGUGGGGGGGCCAACGGUGACAACGGCGACGAUACCGACGACGCCAAACCAGAUGGCGGCUAAGAUGUCUGGUACGGUGGUGGCACCACCGGCAUCGGUCACACCCGCUGUCACCCCUGCCUUGGUCAAGCGGCACUCGGUAGCUAGUGCACCGGGUGCCCUGGAUGAGCCGGGGUGGGAUGGGAAACACUACAAGGAUCCGUUGCGCGAACUGGUCAUGAUCUCCGACUCGGUGUCGGUAGACGAGAACUACGCGCUGAACGUGAAAACGCUCGCCAUCGACGCCUCCACGCUCGACCAUGUGCACGAGAUCGACGUCAGUCAGAUGCCAACUGUGGCGGCUGCGGUGAGCGGUGCCGGCUCGUGCGGUGCCACCAGACCAACAACACCGGCCACCACCACAGCUACGGGGAUAGCAGCAACACAGCAGCAGCAGCAGCAGCAGCAACAACAGCAACAAUCGUCGCAGCAACAACAGAAUAUAGGCCAGCUUACGCUGUUCCAGAAUCCGAAGGAUGUCGUCGAUCCGGUGAAGGAGCGCGAGUUUCUUAAAACGCUCGAAGCGCUAGAGGAUACGGACAGUGAGGCCGGCGAAAAGCCGGUGCUCGGUAAGAUCUCGCUGAUCCGGCGCGCCAAAUCGGCCGUCUCGCGGAGCACCUCGCGCCGGCGCAAAACCGAUCAGCAUCCACUGUUCAUGAUCGCAUGGGAGGAUAAGGCGCAACUCGAACAGGCCCCGUCACUGGCCGGUUGCGUAGGAGGUGCGAGCGGUGGUGAGCCGUUAUUGUUGCUGAUGGAUGGAUCACGCGCACCAACGCAUCAGCACGCGGCUACAGCGGACGGCUAUCACGGUGCCAACGACGCAAACGACGAUGCGGUAACGGUGGAAGAGUUGCAUCGACGGAUGGAGCAGUUCCAUCAGCGCAGUCGUUCGUCCUCCGACCGGGACCACCACCGGGGCCAUGGGCAUGGUAAUUCCAGCGAAAGCUCCAGCCGCCAUACUGGCAAAGGACGAAAAACUGGCGCACAUCAUGGCAUCCACCACCACCACCAGCAGCAGCAGCAGCAGCAGCAACUGCAUGGGUUGGCGCGCGGCAAGCACAACAAGAUAUCUCCCGAUACGUCGAAUGAGAGUACUAGCGGUGCCAAUGGCAACGGCAAGCAGGACAAACGCAUGAAGUCAGCCCCGAUAGUGGGAGCAGGCGUCUCCACGCGACAGCGUGUUGCAGGUACCGCCACUAGGGGUGACGGCGAGGGAGGCCGUGCAGCGGAUACCGAGCGGAGCGCCUCGUCACCACCCGAUCCGCUGGAACCGUGGAGCACCAGGAACAUCAUGAACAUCAACAAGCUACUCGAUCAGGACACAACCGAAGAGUAGCCACUUUAGCGGCGGCGGCCGCGGCGGUAAAAUACCUUCACAUGCUUAAUCUACUAGCACUAUCUUAAUGUACGCACCAGUUAGUGUUGCAUCAGAUCGGAUCAGUAUGAGCCGAAA